AUGAGGGCACCUUGGAUUUGUAGCUUGUUCUUUGGCUUCUUUCUCAUCUUCUCAUCCAUUUCUGCUCAAGAUGGUUACAUUCCUACAGCAAAUUUAUCAACAUCAUGGACCAACGAUGAAUCUUCUAUCCCUUUCACAAAUUUCGUAGAUGGCUCGAGGAUCAGAGUCAUCCUCUCUGGAAGUAAGUUCAUGUGUGGAUUUUUCUGUAAAGGAAUGUGCACAUCAUACCUCUUUGCUAUUAUUAUCCACCGAAAUGAUCCGAUGGUGAUUUGGUCGGCCAACCGAAACAAUCCCGUCAAAGAAGGUGCAACCCUGAAUUUAACUGCAACUGGGGAAUUGAUGUUAAAGGAGGUCGAUGGAAGCAGUGUUUGGACUACCAACACUGCAGGGAAAUCAACUUCUGGCAUGAACCUAACUGGUGAAGGAAACCUGAUGUUGUUCGAUGUCCAGAAUUUGACAGUUUGGCAAUCUUUUGAUCACCCAACAGACUGUUUGGUACUUCAAGGACAGAAGCUCAUACCUGGUGUUUCUCCAACCAAUUGGGCAGCUCAAAAAGACAUGUACUCUCUUGAAGUCACCGCAAAAGGUUUGAUUUUUUAUGUUGGAUCAAACCCGCCUCAAGUCUAUUACAGAAUCUUGGUAGAUGGCCUAGAUCAAAAGAGUUAUCUUGAGUUCAGAGAUAGGAGUUUGUGUUUCGCCAAUACUUCUUUGAACCCAAAUUAUUGUAUUGUUGUGAUUAGCAUACCUCCAGCAUUCACAUCCGAUUAUAUAAAACUAAUGUCAGAUGGGCAUUUGAAAUCAUUACAACGGGGGGAAAUGACCAAUCUACCGUUGGGUGAUCUUGUAGAUUGCUCUUAUCCUUUGGUUUGUGGGAGAAACGCAAUUUGCUCUGCAGAUCGACAAUGCAGUUGCCCAAAAUCAAGCUCUCCCUAUUUUAGAGCAGUGAAUGACCGCCAACCCAACAAGGGAUGCUCUCAAAUAACUCCUCUCACAUGUAAUGCUACCCAAAAUCAACAGUUUAUUGAACUUGCCAACAUCACGUACUCCACAUUUACCUCAGAAAUGAAAGAUGUGGAUGUCGAGACUUGCAAACAAAAGUGUCUAAAGAACUGCUUAUGCAAAGCAGCAGUAUUCAAGUAUGGUUCGAAUUCAAGUGGGGAUUGCUACUUGCCAUCCGAGCUUUAUACAAUGACGAGUCUUGAACUUGAUGACGAGGCACCUCCACAAAAUAUGUUGGUUUUUAUAAAAGUCCAGAAUGUCGGUUCAACUCAUUCAUCCAAAAAAAAGAAUAAAGUUGCGACAGUUGUUGGUUCCACAAUUGGAAGUCUUUUACUUCUUAUUGUGGUCGUAGGAAUACCCAUUCGAUUUACAUAUGAUGAUCUAGUAACAGCCACAGACAAUUUCAGCAGAAAACUGGGUCAAGGAGGUUUUGGAUCCGUUUUUGAAGGGACACUCACAGAUGGCUCAAAGGUUGCAGUCAAAUAUCUUCAAGGUACCAGGCAUGUUGAGGAAUCAUUCUUGGCCGAGGUUGAGUCUGUUGGCAGCAUACAUCAUGUUAAUCUAGUUCAACUCAGAGGAUUUUGUGUUCAUAGGUCAGAACGGCUUCUUGUGUAUGAACUCGUGAGCAAAGGAUCGUUCGACGAAUGGAUCUACAAUGAAAACCGGAAACUAGUACUUGAAUGGACUUGUAGAAAGAAAAUCAUUCUUGGGAUUGCAAAAGGCUUAACAUAUCUUCACGAAGAAUGCAGGCAACAGAUCAUCCAUUUCGAUAUAAAACCGCAAAAUAUCCUGCUAGAUGAAGAUUUUAAUGCAAAAGUAUCGGAUUUUGGGUUAUCUACGCUUGUUGACAAAGAUCAAGGACAAGGGUUGACUAGAAUGAGAGGAACCCCAGGCUAA